UUUAAAAAGAAACGAACAUUCAACAAGUUUACUGAACAAAUUUAAUUAUAUUAUGGCUGAAAUAGUGCUUAACGAUCUGAAUAAUAUACAGAAAUAUGUCUAUGGGGAAUACAAGAGUGCAGGGGGAUCGAAUAUUGAAUGGCUAAGCCAAUUGUCAGUAAAGUUUAUCGAUGCGUUCAAGAAACUCCACGAAUUCCUCAAUAGAGGCUUAAGUAAGUCACCAAACAAGCAAAUAAUCAUCCAUCACUGCAUGUUAUGUGCUAAUCAGAUUGUUGUGUGCUUAAGAUUCUUGGAGAAAACUGUGAGCACUGAAAAGGAUCAAAACUCGUGCCUUAUCACAUCCAGACAGUGCUUCUUUGACAGAAUCUUUUGGUGCUUAGUGAGAUUAAAGAGCAUAAUUAAUUCUGCAAAUGAUCAUGUAGUUUCAGAACAAAUAAAUGAUCAGGCAAACUUUAUUGAGAUACUCGAUGCUGUACUUGAUAAUUUGGCUUCAUUUGUGAAUCUGGAUGAUGAAUGUAAUGUGACAAAUAAAGCAGAAAGAAGAGCUAAUAUGAUAAUGGAAAGUAAGGAAAUAUUUGAAGGAAUCAACAACUUACUCAGUUUAACACUGUCAUUCUCGAACAUAGCCGUCAGCAGUGAUCACAUUCCAUUAAAGGUACUGUCAGAAAAUCUUUUUAAAUUAUCCAGAGAAUUUAAGGAUGAAUUUACAUUCUCAAAUACUAAACUGAAUGACAUUAAUGCUGUCAAGAAGAGAUUGAAGUCGGUGGAACUUGAAAGUUCUUUAUAUCGGCUUGAAAAUUAUGUCAAUGACUCACUAUUGCGUCUUGUUUACCACGUCUUUAGUGAGAUUAAUGAAAAUCCUUUAAAAAAAUUAGUCAUAGAUGCUGAAUUAAAAAGUCAAGGCACAGAAAUUGAUAAAUUUGACAUUCUAAUCGAAAGAUUCUUACUAAUUGGACAAUUUGCUGUAACAUUCGCAAAAGAUGACGUUAAAGUUUCUUCAUUGAUAAAAUCAUGCCUAGCAUCGAUCGAGAGUCUAGACACUUACUUGAUUCCAGCUUUAACGAGUAAAAUUGAGGAUCCAUCACUUGACAUUUUAAAGGAACAUUUCUAUGAGGAAUGUGAUGAGCUACAAAGGAAUAUUCAUUUAAUUAUUGACACAAAAGCAUUUUGUAUGAUCUUGGUCGAUCUGAUAAUUGAUUCUAUUGAGAAUAAUCGCAAAACUUUCGAUAAAGAUUCACUUCUUCUUAUUUUGGACUUUUCAAAAGUUCUUUUGACUCAUUUGACAGUCGCUUCCGAUAAUUUGAAGCUCCAUCAAGAUAAAGUUGCUUUAUUUUAUUUCAAUGACUUCAAAUUAAUUAUCAAUGAAUGUGAAGCAAUAUUGACUUAUCCAGAUCCGAUUGAGAAUUUCGAGCAGAGAGUUCUUAAACGUUACAAUAUCAUGAAAAAUACAAUCAAAAAACUAGUAAGUGCAAUUAGAGUACGGGAAGCAGAUUUUAAUGAAGAAAAUCUCAAGCCAAUUGUAAAAAUCACCGAAGCCCCACCGAAAAAUUCUGAUUUCUUCAACACAAUUCGUCCAUCAGGCUAUGGAGCAGUUCUGUAUGAAUCUAAAAGAUCUAUUAAGUCCUCUAAAACUCAAACAAUUCCUCAACCAAGUUCAGCUAAGAAAUCUGCUAAAAAGCGAAAUGAAAGUUUGAGACGAGAAAUUUUUAAGAAAAAUGAAUUAAAAAUUACUGAAGAUUUGACUCAAAAUGAUGACGAUAUUUUGGACAAUACUGAUUUGCAUAUUACAGAAAUUCUUGAUAAGCUUUCUAGCUUGUCAAUUCACAUUCCGAAGAAAUUUUAAGAUACAUCAGAAAUUACAUCAAAUUAAGAUAUUAGAGCCAUUUGUAAUCAAAUAUGCUGAUAAUACAAAUAUCUGCAGGGGGACCAAAUAUUGACAAUCAGCUAGUAGUAGAAGCUUCAGCAUAUAAAAGAGUGCUUUUGCAAUGUUCAGAAUUUCGAGAUCCCGUUUAUGGUUGUUGGAAAAAUAAAGUCAAUUGCAAAUCACUAUCGUUCUGCUGCUGGAGAAAGAGGAAAUCAAAGCAUUAAUUCCAGUAAUAUGCAAAACACUGGAGAUGCUGUUCAAAGUCGUGUCGUUAAAUGGAGUGGAUCUUUAACGGUAGAGUUUGAAAAACUGUUUCCGAACCAAUUGAAUGGUGCAAUUAUUGUGAUUGAUGAACAAAACUUUCUUGCUACCUGUCCAAUAUGCCGCUUAUCUUAUUCAAUCAUUAGUCCUUGUCGUAACAAUUCAUUUUAUAAGCGUAACUUUGUUGAGCACUUAAAUCGUGAACACUUACAAACUAGAAAUCUUUUGCGUCGCUCAGUUCUUUUAAGUAAUUCUCAUUCAAAUGCUGACAUCAAUCCAACAUUACGUAAUUUAAAUCGACAGUCUCUCCCUAUUCAAUUAGACACUACAAUCCAAUUAGAAUCUCAUGUAACACAAGAAACUGAAAAUGUCUCACCAAUUUUGAAUCAUGUUGUUCCUCGGUCUCGUUUUCCUCGUUUACAAACUCGGACCUCAAAUCGUUUGCAGAGACAAAUAUAAUAUAAUAUAAUAUAAUACAAAUAUAAUAUAAUAUUUAUAUGUGUAAAUAUAAUAUAAUUACACAUUUUUAGAUAAAUGACAGUGAACGAGUAACAAGUUUCAUCAAGAUUUGUUUGGAAAACGUACAAAAAAAUAAACUACAUUUCAAAGGCAACCGUUACAGUCAUGUCGUGAAAAUGAUUUCCGCUUUUAUUUAUAUGCGAGGAGGAAAAUCUCUGUAUAACUUUCUACACGUUAAUAUGAUUUUUCCUGAGUUAAGUAGUCUCAAAAGUUUUAUGAAUAAUGAGCUGAGUGUUGUGAAGGAAAAUCUUUUAAGAUUUGAUGAAUUGCACCAGUAUCUAGCAGCAAACGAAUACCCUUUUGAAGUCCAUGUUUUUGAAGAUGGAUCACGUAUAACGAGUAAAGUGGAAUAUUGUCCAGACACUAAUACACUCAUAGGAUUGAAUGCACCGUUUGAUCCUACCACUGGUUUACCAUUCGUCAACUUUCAUAAAGCUGAUAGUGCCAAGAAUAUUUAUGACUCGAUUACAAAAUUCGAUAAGGCGUCCUACGUUCAAGUGUUGCUAGCACAACCAAAUGUUCCUAAUGCAAAGGCUUUUCUGGGGCUUUUCUUCUUGGAGUUUAUUUCACUAGCAAUACGUUUACAGAAAUGAAUUUCACAAGUCAACUAAAUUAUAUGAAGGAAGAAUUUUUGAAUUAUGGCAUAAAUUUUCUUGGAUACGGAAGUGAUGGCGAUGUUAGACUAUUUAAUGCACAAAAGAAAUUGAUUAGUUUUGGUGAAGUGGAAAUGUAUGGAUCAAUUGAAUUAAUUGUGGCAAUCUAAUGGCAGAAAAUCUUGGCACUCAGGAUGCAUUUCACAUACUCAAACGAUGGAAGAAUCUCAUGAAUCAGUUUUCACGACCUAUGCGUAUUGGAAAUAACGUUGUUACAGCCAAUCAUUUGAUUAUCAUGUACAAAAAAUUUGAUAAAACCUUACAUGGUAUUGUUCAAAGUGAUUUAGACGUGACUGAUUUCAUGAACUAUGACUGUAUAUACAAAAUAACUAGUAAACGUGUGUUGGAUCUGCUAAGAACAAUGUAAGAUACAAAAAGAACAAUUUUAUAUCUUGAGUUAAUUCAGUGUGGUUUAAAGUCAUAUGUGGAACAUGAUACAUCUAUUUCUGACCGUUUAUUUAAUACCGUCUAUAUGGUUAGUUUUUUAAGGCUAUGGAAGACAGAUAUUAUUAAGAAAGGUACACAAAAUAAUAGUUUUAUCUCUACUAGUUGUUACGAACGACUCGAAAUGAACUUACUGUGGCUAUUACGAUUGAUAAUUGAGAAACGAGCUAACAAUAUAUCCGAAAAUUCUUCACAACAAUGUGAAAGUGAGUUUCGUCAUGUUCGUUCUUUAACUGGUGUACAAAGUACACAUAUCAACUGCACUUCAAAAAUAUUUCUCUCUCGUUUACACAAGAGCGAAUAAUGUUUGAGCUAAAAGAUGAAAUUUCAUUUCCUGCUAUUGAGCAACGAGAGGAAAGAAACAGGCGCGUAAACGAAGACAUUAACUCCAACGAUAUUAACAUUAUCAUCGAGAGUGGAAUUUUUGCAGCAAUUGAAAAGGCAAAAGAACUUGGAAUUUAUCAUGAAGAAACUUCAUUAAAGGAUUUGUUAAGUGCUUCAACUGAUCAAUCUGAAACACAAUCUAUUACCAAUCGUAUUUUUUUUGGAUUGGGAUAAUGAAGAUCCUGAGCCGAUCGACGAGACAAUUACUUUUCAAAAUGUUGAAUUUCUUAGGACUAGAUCAAACAAUGGAUAUCUUACAAUUAAAGAGGGUAAUGCUACAAGAAUCGUUAAGAAAGAUCAGUUAAUAUGGAUGUUAGAAAAUAACAAAAUUCAUGUCAAUAUAGAUCUUAGACAGCGCUUUGUACCUCGUAGAACAAUACAUAUAACUCCAGAAGAAAAUCAAGCUGAUGAUUAUUGGAUAGCGACAAAAGUUUCGAAAGGUGAUAAUGUUGUUCAAUUUGAUGAGGGAAAUAUACUUUUUGGUAGGGUUCUAAACUUCAAGCGAAUGCAUAUUCGAUCAAACAUUAAGUCAAUAUACUAUCAGGACUUAGUAGACAUGGUGCAUUCCGAAAACAUUGUCGUGCUAUUGAGUCCUUUAUUCCUCAUUGAGAGUGGACAAAAGGUUGUGAUGAAUAUAUUUAAGUUUUUUGAGCUUAAAUGUUAUAAAUAUCACGUAAAUUUUAAUGCAGACUUUACUCAAGAACACAUAGUUAUGUUUUUUUCAUUUUUUUAUGAUAACAUUUAAAUAAAUAGAAACAAUUAUGAUAUUUUUACAUGUGUUUUAUGCUUAUUAUUGGUUUCUGUAUACAUUGAUUUAUAUUCUUUGAAUCCCCGUAUUUUCCUGUAUAUGCCCGUAUGUUCCCGUAUAUCCCCGUAUUUACCCAUAAGUUCUUUCCCCUUAAAGUUCGUUUCAAUAAUUUUAAAUUUCAUUGAAACUAAUGUUUAGUCAAUAAGUUAAAAAAAUCAAUUUUAUUACUGUCCUUAGAAAUAUUUUAAGAUUAAAGAGCACUUAUAAUUUUUUGAAGAUUCAUAUUUUGUUUUGAAUCCAUUAAAUAUUAUAAUUCUAUAUUAAGUUUCAAAUUAUUUGCAAUUCAUUGACAUUUUUAUCCGUCCAAUAUACAAAUGUUACUGUUACUUUUACUUUUAUUCCUACAAUGAAUCAAAAACAAACUCUCCUGAAUAAAUUGUGCACAAUAGUUUGUAAUUUAACGAUGAUUGUGUUAUUGCAUGACAUAUGACACUUGUCGAACGGUCUAAUAUUUGAAUUAAUUAAUUACAGAACAAUUAUUAUGACAUAAAAAUUGACAUGUUGCUAAUUUUUUAUGCAUCAAUUUAGCUUUUUAGAAUAGUUAUUUGUGAAUUUUAGCGCAGAGAGGACUAAAGUAUGAAUAAAAGCUUCAAAUUUAGUAUUUUGGUAGCUGUCCUACUUACAUUAGUGCAAAACCUGAAUU